AUGCCUUCAGCCACUAAUAAUCCAGUUUACAAGGAAGAAGUUGUAGUCAUGGAGAUAGACAUAGAACCACCGACAGAAGUCAACCACAGAACAUUCAGUUUAACCAUAACAUUUUUGUUGAAGCUCAUCUGCUACAUAUUUAGUCUACUGGAACGUUUUGGUCGCCUCUGGACAUACUAUUACCCACGAAUAUUUGGGGAAAUAAUGCUCCCAUCCCCACUUAAGUUUAUUAUCUUUGGCUUGGCUGCUUUUGCAGAAAUGAAGUCGCAAGGGUCUGAAUUUCCUUUCAAAAGCCACCCUCGAUCAAUGCAUGUUGCAGUUACCAGUCUACUCUUUUAUGGUUUGGCUUCAGCAGCCGAACACUUCAUUUAUGUCACGCAUCUUGGUCCAGCUGCAGUUUAUGGCAUGGUUGCUCACUCGGGAAGGAUUGGUUCUUUGUGCAUUUUGGUGGCAUCUGUGGCAUCUUUGUUCUAUCUUUGA